AUGAACGGUGAAAGUGAAGUAAAAUCAAAUGAUCUUAACUUUUACGGGAGUGACCCAGGCGCUGUGAAGUUUGGAAACUUUAUAAACUAUUAUUCAUUUCAUGAUGUAAGUGAAAGAAUUCAAAAUCUACAUCCCCAAAUGUUUCCAGAACCUGUGAAUAAGCAGAUCGUGUGUCUAGAUAUAGGUUGCAACACAGGAGACUUAUCUAAAGCUAUAUACGUGUAUUUAAAAACUAUUUAUGCAACUUGUGAUAUUCAUAUGUUAGCAGUGGACAUUGAUUCUACGUUGAUAGAAAGAGCUAAAGAAACUAAUGAUAAUCCUUUUAUUAAAUUUGUAACUUGCAAUAUUAUGGAGCAAAAAGACCGACUACUCAUCCAAAGUUAUUUGGACUCUUGUAAUCAAAAAUCUUUUGACUUAUCAUUCUGUUUUUCAGUAACCAUGUGGAUUCAUUUAAACAAUGGUGAUGCAGGGUUGCUAGACUUUUUAAAAUAUUUAAAAUCUAUAUCUAGAACAAUUAUAAUUGAGCCACAACCAUGGAAGUGCUAUAGAAAUGCCCAAAGAAGGGUUAAGAAGUCGGGGAAUACCUUUGAUUUGUAUGAGUCAUUGAAAAUUAAAAGUGAUGUUGAUAUGGUUAUUGAAAAGACUUUGUCUGAGGGCACUCACUUUAAAACUUAUGAAUCUCAAUUUUCCUCUUGGAAUAGAAGAGUUCAAAGCUUCCAUAGACUAAGUUCUCCAGUACAAAACUAA